UCUGGUCCCUGCGGCUGGCGGCCGAGCCGUGUGUCUCCUCCUCCUCCGCCGCCAUAUUGUCUGUGUGAGGCGAGGGGAGAGCGGCUGCCGCCGCUGCCGCUUCCACCACAGUUUGAAGAAGAUCUGAAACAAGGUUCUACCCCCUCUACUGCCUCCAAAAACGGUGACCACCAGAUCUUCAAAUAUCAAGUCCAGCUUUGCCUGCCAACCUGUCUGACAUGUCGGGACCCGUGCCAAGCAGGGCCAGAGUUUACACAGAUGUUAAUACGCACAGACCCCGAGAGUAUUGGGAUUAUGAGUCACAUGUGGUGGAAUGGGGAAAUCAAGAUGACUACCAACUGGUUCGAAAAUUAGGCCGGGGUAAAUAUAGUGAAGUAUUUGAAGCCAUCAACAUCACAAAUAAUGAAAAAGUUGUUGUUAAAAUUCUCAAGCCAGUAAAAAAGAAGAAAAUUAAGCGUGAAAUAAAAAUUUUGGAGAAUUUGAGAGGAGGACCCAACAUCAUUACACUGGCAGACAUUGUCAAAGACCCUGUGUCACGAACCCCUGCCUUGGUUUUUGAACACGUAAACAACACAGACUUCAAGCAAUUGUACCAGACGUUAACAGACUAUGAUAUUCGAUUUUACAUGUAUGAGAUUCUAAAGGCCCUGGAUUAUUGCCACAGCAUGGGAAUUAUGCACAGAGAUGUGAAGCCCCAUAAUGUCAUGAUUGAUCAUGAGCAUAGAAAGCUACGACUAAUAGACUGGGGUUUGGCUGAAUUUUACCAUCCUGGCCAAGAAUAUAAUGUCCGAGUUGCUUCUCGAUACUUCAAAGGUCCUGAACUGCUAGUAGACUAUCAGAUGUAUGAUUAUAGUUUGGAUAUGUGGAGCUUGGGUUGUAUGCUGGCGAGUAUGAUCUUCCGGAAGGAGCCAUUUUUCCACGGACAUGAUAAUUACGAUCAGUUGGUGAGGAUAGCCAAGGUUUUGGGGACAGAAGAUUUGUAUGAUUAUAUUGACAAAUACAACAUUGAAUUAGAUCCACGUUUCAAUGAUAUCCUGGGAAGACACUCUCGUAAGCGAUGGGAACGCUUUGUACACAGUGAAAACCAGCACCUUGUCAGUCCUGAGGCCUUGGAUUUCCUGGACAAGCUGCUGCGAUACGACCACCAGUCACGACUUACCGCAAGAGAGGCUAUGGAGCACCCGUAUUUCUAUACCGUUGUGAAGGAUCAGGCUCGAAUGGGUUCCUCUAGCAUGCCCGGGGGCAGCACACCUGUCAGCAGCGCCAAUAUGAUGUCAGGGAUUUCUUCAGUGCCAACCCCUUCACCUCUCGGACCUCUGGCAGGCUCACCAGUGAUUGCUGCUGCCAACCCACUUGGGAUGCCAGUUCCAGCUGCUGCUGGCGCUCAGCAGUAAUGACCGCAUCUGUCUUCUGAUGCCUGAGCAGAGGUGGGGAAGCCCACCCUCUCCGUGAUGCAGCUUGCGCCUGGUGGGGAGGGGUGAAACACUUUCAGAAGCACCGUGUCUGAACUGUUGCUUGUGGAUUUAUAGUAGUUCAGUCAUAAAAAAAUUAUAAUAGGCUGAUUUUCCUUUUUUUUUCUGUUUUUUUUUUUAACUCGAACUUUUCAUAACUCAGGGGAUUCCCUGAAAAAUUAUCUGCAGGAGGAACAUUUGAUGGACAGAUUUUUUUUUUCCCCCUUCCAAAUUCAGUUCCUCAUCACUAAAGAACAAAGGUAAACCAGCCUCAGUCCCAGCCGCUGCGGUGGGUGGAGAUUUCUUCCUGUUCUCACCAUUGCUCCCCCACCAACCCACACUUUGGGGGGUUUGUAUCCUUCCCUUCUCCAGAGAUUACAAAAAUGUAGCUUCUUGAGGGAGGCGGGAAGGAAGGAGCCGGGGAGGACCUCUCUUAGAGAGCAGGGUACUGCUGGUCACUUAAGUUACUUCACUCCAUAAGUGCUUCUGUAGGGUGAUCCUGCCGACUCGGGUGGAGGCUGUACUGGUUACGGUAGGAGAUUGGAAAGUAGCCAAAGUGCAGACACGUCCCACAGCUUCUGUUCAAUAGGAAUCAUGUCUUACUGACCUAACCCUAAAUCCAUGUCAGUUAUCAUUUUAGUUUUAGUUUAGUUCAAAAUUGUGAUUCUUCCCUCCCAGGCUUCUUCCCUUGGUCUUUUCUCCUUUCAUCGCCAAUAUGCUGUGCUCCAGUAGCUAGUAGGAAGGGGAACGCAAAUAGAUUUGUUGGUUUUCUUUGACUUGGCCAUUUUGAAUUGAGUUAGUUUUUCCUGGACAUAACUUAUUGCUUUUUACAAGAGACAUGCUAGCAAUUCUUAAGAGCUCAUGGGAGAUGUGGCCACAUGAAUUUCUUUUUAGUUCUCUACCUUCUUUCCCUCCUACCUUUCCCUUCCCUUAUGCCAUCUAGUGCGAAGACCUGCUCCUCAGUCUUGUAAAUGUGUCUGAGAGGUAGGAGCAGAGCCACUCUCGCCAGUGAAACAGAAAUGGUAGACCUGUAAUUGUGGGAAAACGAUAAACUCUUGUUACAGCCCUGCCACCCCUUGCUGUGUGUAUAUAUAUAAUACUUUGUCCUUCAUAUGUGAAAGAUCCAGUGUUGGAAUUCUUUGGUGUAAAUAAACGUUUGGUUUUAUUUAUCAA